CCAAUAUAUCUAAAGCUUUUGCCGGCAUUUGCCCACUAGCGGCAAAUAAAUCCACUACCCGAUAUCGCCUCCCUUUUCCUUCGAUAAGAAACGAAACAUACCAAGUUCCAAGAAGGUGGAGUGAAGCGCACAAAACCUCAUAACCAGAUAUCAGACCAGAUUUUUAUACAUCUGAUCGUAGUUUGCACUGUCUCUACAAUAAGAAUACCCUACAAACGAGAUUAAAACAUCACCUGUGAAGGAUAUAGUAUAACAAGAUGGGCAAGCCUAGGUUAAUAAUCCUCGUACGACAUGCUCAAAGUGAAGGAAACAAGAAUCGUGACAUACAUCAAGGAACGCCCGAUCAUCGUGUAAAGCUCACGCCCCUCGGAUGGACACAGGCAUACGAUGCUGGCCGACGACUUCGAGCUCUCCUCCGCCCGUCCGACACCCUCCACUUCUUCACCUCGCCGUAUCGACGAGCACGAGAAACCACAGAAGGCAUUCUGCAGACCCUUACGUCUGAUGAACCUUCUCCUUCCCCCUUCCCGAGAAAUGGCAUAAAAGUGUAUGAGGAGCCUCGACUACGAGAGCAGGAUUUUGGAAACUUCCAGCCAUGUAGUGCUGAGAUGGAGAGGAUGUGGCAGGAGAGAGCCGAUUAUGGACAUUUCUUCUACAGAAUCCCGAAUGGAGAGUCUGCGGCAGAUGCGUAUGAUCGUAUUAGUGGAUUUAAUGAGAGUCUUUGGAGACAAUUUGGAGAGGAGGAUUGUGCUAGUGUUUGUGUGCUUGUAACCCAUGGUCUCAUGUCUCGAGUCUUCCUCAUGAAAUGGUACCACUUCUCCGUCGAGUACUUCGAAGACCUCCGUAACGUCAACCACUGCGAAUUCCUCAUCAUGCGAAAGAAAGAAGAUUCCGGGAAAUACAUCCUAGAAAACAACCUUCGAACCUGGUCUGAACUAAAACAUGAACGUCUUCUCGCAGCAGCCGCAAAAGAAAAGGCCGUAGCCACAUCUCCCACCACCGCGUCCGAAAAAGACAAAGAGAAAGAGAAGAAACUGCUUGGGAACGGGGAGACUCCGUCCUCGUCAGGAGUAGGGAGUCCUAUCCCCGUCCGCAAGAAAUGGGGCGGAUGUCCCAACGGCUGCGAUCACGGCAAACACUCAUACCGCAAAGAAAAUAGCAUGCACGCCAUGCAACUAAACGGCAAAUCCGCGGCCCUUCCUCCCGCGCCCGGCAUAGAAAUAUCGCCCUCCUCCUCCUCUCAAACGCUACAGAUGCGUCGACCAGCAGCCCGCCGCUGGCAAUCCUCGUCAGAAGAAGACGAAGACGAUCCACGCGGCAGAGUCGGUCCUCCCGCCCCCUUCGAAGUCGACGUCCAGCGCAGCUUAGACGAACUCGUCUCAUCCCCCGACGGAACACCUUCCUUCAUAAGCGUCGAAGACCGGCUCCGCAACCGCAUGAAGAGCCCGCGCAAUGAUCUCCUCGGCCUAGUCAAGAGUGCCGGCCGCGAUUUCGGCGGCAGCGCAAGCGGGAAUACAAGUCAUGCCGGCUCGGACGCUGAGCUCUCCGCGGAAGAGGACCAUAGGAAACACGCCGCGACCGGGAAAGGGAGACCGCUUGGUACGCUAGGUAGAUCGGGGAUGGGUCAUGGUGCAGGCGGAAGCGGAAGCGGGUUGGGGAGGAGGGAGGAGAGUGGUAUGCAUAGGGGAGCGUUGGCGGAUGCGUUGGGGGAUCAGAGUGAUGUGGGGAGUGAUGCGGGGUUGGAGGAGGAGUUGGAUUUGGAUAAAGCGGAGGCGGAGGAUAAGAGUAUUAAGGGGAGUGUUUAUUAG